AUGGUUGGACCAGUAAAACAAGAGGCCUUUCGUAGCAAUAUCGGCCCCGAUGGACGCCCUCUCUCAGCACACGAACGCGAACGACUGUUACAACCGUAUCUUCCCGAUGCUUCACCUCGAAAGCACCAGCGAACGCAACCUCUCCGCCAGCUGAUCAAGGCUGCCUUGCACCUCUUCCUGUACAACCUGAUCCAUUUCGCCUUCUCCGUCUACCAUCGCUUCCGCGUCGCAUACAACAAUCUCAUUGACCGCGUUUUCGCUGUCCUGUACUACCACCACCGUACCCCAGAGUACAUACAGAAAGAUGUCCACCGCCUGAAGAAGUUGCCCAAGCACUUGUCGGUCAUACUUGAACUCGACGAUGACAGACACGACAACGCAAGUCUGGAGUCUCUGAUUCACGACGUCUGCGAGGUUGCCGCCUGGUCGGCUUGCGCAGGUGUACUCAAACAAUCCCUACCACUCGUACACCGCCGCAUCUCCCGUACCUUGGCUGCUUAUUUCGGCCAUGAUAACCCAAACAAGCCAACCCUUUCGCUGGGCGCUCCUCACAUGCAAUCUUUCUCGCCGCCUGCCUCGCCCAAAUCAAACAGCAGUGCCAACUCUUCAAAGUCGCCUCCCCAUCUUUCCAUCCUGCUUUUGUCAGCUUCUGACGGCCGUGGAACCCUCGUUGAUUUGACAAAGACGUUGGCUGAGAUGAGCCAGAAGGGAAAGCUGGCCCCCAAAGACAUUUCUAUGGACCUGGUUGACGCCGAGCUCACCGAGAGCGUCAUGGGCGAGCCGGAUCUUCUCAUGUUAUUCGCUGAUAGUGUCCACUUAAAAGGCUACCCUCCGUGGCAGUUAAGACUCACCGAGAUUUUCCACGUCCCGGACAACAACGGUGUUGGAUACCAAGUCUUCUUGCGUGGCCUGUACAAGUAUGCUCAGGCCCAGAUGAGAUUUGGAAGUUAG